ACGAUAAGGCCUCGACCGUAAGCCACGGAUGAUGUUCCUCACAGCUCUUGGAUUCGCAUUGUUGUCAUCAUACAGGGCUGUGUGUGUGAACAGUUGGAAACCCAGAUACGGGCCGUCAAUAAAGAGUAAAAUGAUGACUACCCCAUGGCUGGUCUUCAGUAUGAUGCAAUCCAUCGACAGAUCGCUAUAUGACGGCUGGCCCUGUAAUGCUACGUGGAAAGUGCCAGACAGCAAACAAAAAUGACACCGACGGUGAGCAGCGACGAACUCAAUCGCACCGUACUUUAUCUGAAACCUUGUUCCGAAAAACGC